AUGGGUCAAAAAAGACACCAAGACCCAGGUGGUGCGGCUGGGCACGCUCCGGACAGGACAGGUUUCCUGCCCCAGAUACACAGCCCUGGCCCGCCAGCACCAGCCCGCACGCCGCCCCUCCCCACGCGCUGUCACAGUGCCCCGCGAGCUGCCGUUGUGCCGCCGGGACUGAAGCGCAGGCGGAGCUUUCGCCAGCCCCCCACCCGCGCAGGGCCCUGCCGGCCUGGGCAAGUCCCCACCCUCGCAGCAACCUCGAGGAUCACUCCCCUUCCCCAAGAGAGCCGGGCGGCGGGUACUUAUCUCCGACCUCUGGUGACGCGGGAGGAACCCCCGCUUGAAGCCGCGCAGCCGCCGGUCCUCCAGCCGCGGGGACCCAACGGUACGCGCAGGGCUCAGCUGCAAAAUGGACUCGCGGCGCCAAGCGUGCCCCGCCCACCGCCCGUCGCCCGUUGCCCGUCGCCCUCCUCCGCCCGCACCUCAGGCUCCGCCCCCCGGCCCGCUUCGCCUUUGUCCCGCCUCCCUGUCGCGCCUUCCCCCAGAGGUGAUGGGGCGGCGGUCCUUCGCUGUCUCCAGCCGCCACUCCCAGCCGCCUCCCCCCCCCCCCAGGGCUGCCUGAAACUGGGGAGGGUCCCGGGCUGCUCGCUUUUCUCCCUUGCAGGGGGCUGCCCGCGGCUCUGGGAAGCGGACGCCAUUCUCCCAGACGAGGCGGUCGCCCUGGAGGGAGCGCAGGCGACCGGACGCGGCGCCGUCCCCGGUGGAGCCACCCGGGGAGAAAGUCUUCCAGUUAAGCCGACGCGCAAUAAGAUGGACCAGAAACCGGCCACAGCGGCUUGGGGAACGGAAACGACGGCCCCGCACCCCACAACCGGGGAGGGCGGGACGGGCACAUCUGCGCCGCGGAGUCGCCUACUUGCGGUGGGACAGCGCCGAGGCCGCAGCCAGGGGCUCCAGCCAAAGCGAGCUUAACUGUCGUCCCCCAGGCCACACCCCUAACCGUGCACCUAUUU